AGAGUGUGCAGCAACCAACAGGAAGCAACAAAACUGCGUGCAUGACAGGAGGAAGUGUUCAGCAUCACAGCAGCUCACCCCAUCGUCCUGAGGCUCCACAUACAGCUCAUCGCCGAUCCUGGACAGAGAGUGGAUGGCUUUGGCCAGCACUGGACGUGUGUAAGAUUUGAGGAACGCUGCCAUGCACAGUCUCGCCUCCCUUCACUGGUGAUCUAAAUGUUGCUGAAGAGGUGUGCCGAAAACAGCCUUCGUGUACUGAAACCAAGGACAUUUGGUGAAAGAGAGAGACUUUGGAAAGACAUGAAGAGACAAAAGUCAGACUGCUGCUGAGACCUUUGAGGAUUAUGGAGGCAGUAUGACAGUGGAGCAUCCAUAAGAAGAACAAGACUACACAGAGAAUUUUUUUUUCUAUUGUCAGUUUCCAGCUGAGGAAGUUAAACUCAAAGAUGGACAUGUCUUGAUACUGGUGAGCGGCUGUUCAGAGGAUAAUGGAAAAAGAUUGGAAAAUGAAAGAAGAGGGAAACAACCAUCACAGAUGUCUUAACAACAAAAGUUGGACAAAGGGGUGAUUUCAUUCAUAUACAGCUAAUUUCUCCUGUCAUGAUCUCCAGUUUUUUUUUUUUUAAAGCAGCACAUUAUUUAAGUCUGUCUGGUUUCCAACCCUGUAUAGUGGAUUAUAUUAUAGUGUUUACAUGCUGUUGUUGUUGUUAUGCUUUGCUGUUAAUUUUUGGAUUUGGUAGACAACAGAUCGGUUUCUAGAUGUCUCAGUCACGCAAUCCAACAGACACUCAGGCCUUGCUGCAGUCCAUGCUGCAGAAACUGAAACUCCAGUCGGGAAGAGAAGGCCACACAUACCAGCACAGACCUGUACCCACCACAGCAUCUUCCACAUGGGGGCAAGAUGGAAAGGGUGGAGGCUCAAACAGCAGUCCUACAAAUGGCUUUAAGUUUCCUACUAAUGGUAUCCAAUCAAAGAAGUUUGGGAGCUCUGCUGCAGAGAGUACUUUUGGCUUUGAAGGUGGGGAAAUACAACAAGCAGGUCAUGGCUCUGAAGUGGACAGAGGUCUCGUUUCCUUCCCCACCCAGAAAGACAACAUUGGUGGUGACAAGGGUGAGAACAGGGUGUUGGGACAGGCCACACAGCUUGGGAUCACCCCAAGUGGAACAGGGCAGCUGUUUCCUGCGAAACCACUUAAGGAUGCUGUUAUCACUUCCUCUGGGAGGACUGAUGGGGAGAGGAUGAGUUUUGGCAGGUCUGCAAUGACAAAUGAUACUCAGAGUAAUAAAGAUGCUGUUACAAGCAUGGGGCAGAAUCAGGACCAGAAACAGGGUUUUACAACUAAAGUCUACAUGUGGUCCCCAAAGUCUGCAGAUUCAAAUCCUGACAAAGGAGGUCAUGUAUUGCACAUGGGAAACGGAGGAUUUGGAGCUCUGGCACUAAAUAAAGACAUGCAGACUGUCACAGCUGACCAAAAAACAUCAACCAGCAGCUUGAGAAGAAAACAGCAGCGACCAUCUGAGAAUAAAACCAGAAGAUGGACGCAGAAACUCAAGGAGCGAUGGAGGGACAGGCCGGGGAGCUUUGGCAAAAAAGGAAAAGAAGAAGAUGGGAGAGAAGAGCAGAAGAGUGGACAAGCAACAGAAAUUUCACCUCAAAACCAGCUUUUGACAGCAGCAAAUAAGGAGGAAGAAACGACUCCUCUUUCACUAGACAGCAGCAAUCCCAGUAAACCCCCUGAAGAUGGCACUAAUGGAGGAAAUAUGAGGUCUGUUAGUGACUUCGAGUUUAGCCUGGGCUCGUUCAGUCUACUGGAGGAGAUCACCACAGGUCAAAAGUGGGCCAAUUUUUUAAACCCUAACCAAUCAGCUGCCUCAGACAAUCAGAGACCAUCAGAACAACUCAAAAUCUCACCAGAUCUCCAUGACAGCAGUCAGUCAUCUGUGAUUCUAAACCACCAAGGAGGUGUAAACAACCAGUGGAGAUUCAGGAGCACCGAGGCAUCACCUGUUUGGGAUUACAGCAUGGCACAAAUAUCGCCUGAGCAUUUCCUACCUGCCAGCAUGGACGUUUCAGAAGGAAAGCAGCAGCAGUAUGUUCACAGAGAGGCUGACCAAUCAGAACCAAUGGAGCAUGGACAUACCCAGGUAGUGAUGCAGUCUGGAGGCAGUGUACAGCGACGUAGACCUCCGUCCUUUGUACAGGCUGACGAUAACACAGCACUGAAGAGCAGACUCCACCUCAACAGAAAGAGACAACAUCAGUCAGUUGAGAUGAGAGAUGAGACUGAUACAAAAGGGGCAGGCAUAGAGGGGUUCAUAUCUCCACUGAGCCUGAGCAGCAAUGCGAUGGAAGAGGCAGGGGAGUCACAACAUGAUGACAGCAUCCUGAGGUCUCCCCCUCUAUCUCCAGCUUCUUUGUCUCCUUCAGCUCGUGCACCAAAGGGCGUCCUCAAACACUCCAUAUCCCAGGAUUCAGAGGCCUCAAUGGAAGUAGUGACAAAAAGGAGGCGAGUCGAGGAGAACCGACGGGUUCGUUUUUCAGAGGAGGUGUUGGCCAUAGACCCUCCAGAGCUGGAUCUGGAUGCUACAGACUCAGAGAAGGACUCAGGAUCAGAGGAGGACUCUGUGAUAGAGCAGGAGUGUGAGGUGGAGCAGCCAGUGAUAGAGGAGGUGUCACCUGCACGCCGGCCUGCUCUCCCUGCCUGGAUACUGGCUUUGAAGAAGAGGAACACUGGGAAGAAGCACAGAUAGUGGAACUGCAAAAAAAAUGAGCAUUUGGUCUCACAGACUUCUUAAAAUGAUGAAGUGGUUAGCGCUGUCUUCUCACAGCAAGAAUGUUUCUGGCUGGAUCUUUCUAUGUGGAGUUUGAAUGUUCUCUCCUACAGUCCAAAGACAUGCCUGGAGACUUGUCCAGGAUGUUGCCUGCCUCUCGUUGAAAAUGGAUGCAUGAAAGGUGGUUUGAAGGAAGCCAUGAAACAUAUUAUUUGCAUCAUAACCUCACUUUUUAUACCAAUGAAGAUAUGAUGACUGGUGGUUUGCUGACCGCCGUGUUGAGACUAUGACGGUGUAACUGGCAACAAGUCUGACCUUCUUAUCUCUGAAGUCUUGAGUAUUUUUGUUCUAUGUUCUAUCCAGACUGGAUUAUGUAAUACCAGCGUGCCAUCAGCUGCCAGUAUUUAGAUGUUUUGGUUGCUGGAGUAAAUAUUUAACCAGCUUUUAUGGACAUUUUGUGUUGUCCUCCUCCUGCUCCACUCUCACACUGCACAACAGCUGAUGACUCUCUGGUCUGCUGUCUGUCUCCUGGUAAUGGCUCCCUGUCUGGCCUUUUCAUCCUGGAAAUAAACCCCCAGUGGAAGAAAGAGAUAUUAGAGCUGAAGCAGCGGUGGCUGCAAUGGUUUCAGCUCUCUGUUAAACUUUUGAAAUGUUGAAAUGAUAUUUUGAAGACUGAGCACUGAGUUUUUCCUCUGAAAGUGUGAAAUGAUUGAGUUGGAUGAGAAGAUUGAUACCACUGAAUGCUAUUUUUAUAUUUUAAUUAAACAAAUAAGACAUAAUAUAUUAAUUAGAUUCACUUUGAUGUGUUGGUAGGUGAAUUUUGUUACUUUAGGAUAGAACCAGACUAGCCGCUCCUUGUGCUGAGCUAACCAGCUGCAGUAAGCACUGUAGAUUCAUAUUUACAGCACAGAUAUUCUUUUUUAUAUUAAAGUUUUCAUCUUGUUAUCCCGGUUGAGAGUGCUGCAAAAUGUGUUUGCUCUGUCCACAGACUGCAGAGUGACCAGAGGCCUCAUUCAGAUAGACAGAGUACUCUAUGGCACUGUACAUCAUAUUCUGUCAUUUCCGUUUCCGUGCAUUUUAUUGAUUUGUGUGAUUGAAUUAGUACAUAAAACUUCGUGGAUGACUGCUGUCAAUUCCUCUGUGGCCUCCAUUUACAGCUAUCUCCUCUCAUAAGUCACUGUCAGAGCCAUUAAAAGGCUCUCUAGCUCAUCUAUUAGUGAAACAAGGGGCGAGACAGAGAAGAGGGGCCACUAAAAUAUACAGUAUCAGUGUGACAGAGAAAGCAAGAAUCACAGAGAAUUACAUAAAUGUCUGAGAUGAAAAUGUGGAAGUGAAGCUGAGAAAUAAUCAGAUCAUUUUCUACAGUCCAGACGAAAAAGGGGGGACUUACAUUAGUUUACACAGUAGCACUGUCUACUGUGCGUCGUCGUCCAGAAGUAGACUAAUAAUGGUCCAUUUGUAAACCGCAAACCACACAAACAUUAACCCCACUGCUGCCUUCCUCUCAUAACACACAACACACACACACACACACAUUUCAUGAACCAUGUCUUCACACCAUUAGAGGAUUCUUUAGUGCUUUUAUUUAUGCAGGCAGGGCGGAGAAGAAGGUCAGACAAUAAAGUGAAAUACUCCAAAAUGUUACACAAAUGCUUUUAUUAUCAGCAUUGUAUUUUUUUGUUUUGUUGUUUUUUUUAAUUUUUGGUUUGUUUGAGCGAAGCUAACUGUAAAGCACAAGGGGCAUUUAUUUAGCUUUAAUAUUUUUUUUGGCUGACAAAGAGAAAGUUGCAGUUUAUUGACACUGUAAAAAGUCUCGUACAAUGAUAAAUAAAAUAAUGUUUUUACUA